UUUUUUUUUUUUUUUACCAAUAAAUGAAUGGAUGACCUUUUGUUUUUGUGACUUUAUUUGAGAGCCUAUCAGUUAAAAGCAAUCAAGUACAGCAGUACUUCAGGAGUAGACACACCUUUUGACAUCGCCCAUUUUAAUAAGGAGAUGUGAACUUUAACAUAUUUAUUUAACAAAAAACAAAGUACACUCCUUGAGUGAUUAGACUGGUAAAAGUAGCAGCCUAGCAAACUUGAAUGAUCAUGUGAUAUUAGUAUCAUCAUCCAAUCAGUUAUGUCUCAAAAACUACCUUUUCUGAUUUCUUGUUGCAUUUUAUUUUCUAUCAUUUCAUUUUGAUUUCUGGAAAUUACUUUAGUUUUACAAAAUGUUUCUUUUUUUCGUAAUUGUGUUUAGGUUUCUGGAUUUUUUGUUAUGUAAUGUUUUUAAAUUAAUUGUUUAGCUUGUUUUUAUUUUUGUUGUGAUCUGUAAUAUGUUUUUGUUGAAUGAACUUAGUCUGGUUUGCACUUAAGGGCCACCAUAGGAACAGAAUAUCAGUUUUAUGUGCUUCACUUGCUUCAUUUUUUUUUCUUUGUACAUUUAAUAUCUUUAUGCAAUAAUUGACGUCAAGAAUUAUGUACUCAAUUUUUUAUUAUCUUCAUUCUCAAUAAAUGGGAAAAUAAACCUGGGAUUUUAUUUAAAGUUUGACAUCAAAAUAGCUCAAAACUGUAAAAUGUAAUUUCAAAAGUUAACUAUGUGAGCUUUACAAACAAAUAACAAUAAUAUAAAGCUUUAAAAUGUGUAUAUGUUUAUAAUACUUUUAAAACACAUUUUAGUUUUUUAGUAUGCCUUUACUGGUCUGUUUUCCACAGCAGAAAACCUAAUUUUGUAUUUAUAUUAUUUAUUAUGAAGGAGAUCGUUCAUAAACGCACCCUGAACGUCUCUUCUCCUUACUUCCAACGUAUGAGACGUUCAAGUUCCACCUUAAGAAGACGGUUUUACUUCUGACUGUCCUGCGCAUGAGCACUGAGCAGAACCAGGUGACAACUACUCUGAACUUUUCCGGACUACAUUCAGGACACUAAACGGAAACCAUGAAGCUGACUCUGUACUGCAGUGCUUUGCUGGUUCUCCUCAUCACUCCUCAGUUCAGUCAUGGAGGCAACAUCUUGGUUUUUCCUGCAGAAGGUAGCCACUGGAUCAACAUGGACAUCCUACUUCAAGCUUUACACUCCAGAGGACACACCUUGACUGUUCUACGCUCCACCAAGAGUUGGUACAUUAAGGAACACACCUCCCAUUACAAGAGCUUCACCGUUCCUGUGGAGAGAAGCAUAAAUGAGGAGUCUAUCAGCAAAACUGUAGCUAAAGUUUUACAGUUUGAACGUGGCGCGAUCCCCUUGACGAGUUUCCUUAACAAUGCUGUGGGACUAGUUGGAGUAUUUUUUGAGGCUCAUUCAUCUGUAUGUGAAUUAGUGUCAGCUGUGCUGGAUGAUGCAGCUCUGACGAAAACCUUGAAUGAAAGCAAAUUUGAUCUGGUGCUCACUGAUCCCUGCUGGGGCGGUGGAGUCAUAAUAGCCAAAUAUUUCAAUCUUCCAUUGGUUUAUAAUGUUCGCUGGUUAACACCUAAGGAGGCUCACUUUGCCAUCGCUCCGUCACCUUUAUCCUAUAUUCCUGUGACAGGAUCUGGCAACACUGAUAGGAUGACCUUCUUGCAGAGAGUUAAAAACAUGAUUUUAUAUUUGGUGACGUACAUACAGAACGAUGUGUUAGCUAAACAAAUAUACCAACCGACAUGUGCCAAGUACCUCGCUCCUGAUUAUGACUUCAAUCAGAUCAAGAUAGAUGCAGACAUUUGGCUGAUGAGAACAGAUUUUGUCUUUGACUAUCCACGUCCUACAAUGCCCAAUGUUGUGUACAUUGGAGGGUUCCAGUGUAAACCUGCUAAACCACUUCCUGAACAUUUGGAGGAGUUCGUGCAGAGUUCUGGAGAACAUGGAGUCGUCAUCAUGUCACUGGGAACCUUUAUUAAUGAACUCCCUGAUGAUUUGGCAAAUGAGAUCGCUGCAGCUUUUGCUGAACUGCCACAGAAAGUUAUCUGGAGGUACAAAGGUAAAAGACCCUCUACUCUGAGUAACAACACUUUAGUGGUGGACUGGAUGCCUCAGAAUGACCUUUUAGGACAUCCUAAGGUCAAGCUGUUUGUGGCUCAUGGAGGAACUAAUGGAGUCCAAGAAGCUAUUUAUCAUGGAGUCCCAGUUGUGGGUCUGCCUUUGUUUUUUGACCAAUACGACAACCUUCUUCGGCUGCAGGAAAGAGGAGCAGCUAAAAUUCUCUCCAUAACUACAGUGGACAAAGAUGACAACUUCCUGAAGGCCAUCCAGGAAGUCCUGACUGAUCCCUCGUACAGGGAGAACAUGCAGAGACUCUCCAGGCUGCACAGAGAUCAGCCGGUGGAGCCGAUGGACAAAGCCCUCUUCUGGAUCGAGUUUGUCAUGAGACACAAAGGAGCCGCUCACCUGAAAGCUCAGUCCUACAACAUGUCAUGGUUCACCUACCACUCUGUAGAUGUGGUUCUGUUCCUGACUGCAGCGGUUCUGCUCGUGCUUUUGACCUCCUUCAUGUUCAUCAGGUGUUUAUUCAGAGCACUUUGCAAACGUAAAGUGAAAC